UCUGAAAUCAAGUUUAUGGCUGUAAAAUGAGAGCAGAGAGAGGAGGAGGAGGAGAACCGGACCUGUAAAAUGAGUGUGUAUGAGGAGAGAGAGGAGGAGGUGUCUGUUCACACUCAGAGAGCAACAUCUCCAGGAUCCAGCUGUGUGUCCAUGAAGAGUAACAUCUCCAUGCAUGAACCCCCUAAAUUCAGUGAUGGACCAUCUCCAGUAUUCAGCUGUGUGUCCAUGAAGAGUAACAUCUCCAUGCAUGAACCCCAUAAUCUCAGUGAUGGACAAUCUUCAGGAUUCAGUUGUGUGUCCAUGAAGAGUAACAUCUCCAUGCAUGAACCCCCUAAAUUCAGUGAUGGACCAUCUCCAGUAUUCAGCUGUGUGUCCAUGAAGAGUAACAACUCCAUGUUUCAGCCCCCUGAUCUCAGUGAUGGACCAUCUUCAGUAUUUAGCUGUGUGUCCAUGAAGAGUAACAACUCCAUGCAUGAACCCCCUAAUCUCAGUGAUGGACCAUCUUCAGUAUUCAGCUGUGUGUCCAUGAAGAGUAACAACUCCAUGUUUCAGCCCCCUGAUCUCAGUGAUGGACCAUCUUCAGUAUUUAGCUGUGUGUCCAUGAAGAGUAACAACUCCAUGCAUGAACCCCCUUAUCUCAGUAAUGGACCAUCUUCAGUAUUCAGCUGUGUGUCCAUGAAGAGUAACAACUCCAUGCAUGAACCCCCUUAUCUCAGUAAUGGACCAUCUCCAGUAUUCAGCUGUGUGUCCAUGAAGAGUAACAACUCCAUGCAUGAACCCCCUUAUCUCAGUGAUGGACCAUCUCCAGUAUUCAGCUGUGUGUCCAUGAAGAGUAACAAAUCCAUGCAUGAGCCGCCUAUAUUCAGUGAUGGACCUUCUGUGACCUCUGACUCUGUAAUCAUCAGCAGGAAGAGAGCAGCAUCUCCAGUAUCUGACUGUGUGUCCAUUAAGAAUAACAGAUCCAUGUAUGAUCCUCCUAAUCUCAGUGAUGGACCCGCUUUGACCUUUGACCCUGUUGGUGGGAGAGCUGAGCAGAUCAGAGAUGUGUCCUGUCAGACCAGCAGAUCCUCCUGUCAGAAACACAUCAGUCAUCAUGACACAGAAGCAGCCCUGCAGCUUGAUUCUCACCAGCCAGUGCAUGAUGAUCUGCAGAGAGUCAAAGACCAGCACAAAACCAGCAUGAAGAACAAGUAUGAGAGAUUAUUUGAGGGAAUCAAACUACAAGAGAAUCAGACUCUCCUGAACAGUAUUUACACACAGCUGUACAUCAUAGAGGGAGAGAGUGAAGGAGUGAAUGAAGAACAUGAGGUGCUACAGAUGGAGAAAAGUUACAAGAACCUCCAAGACACUCCAAUCCACUGCAAUGACAUCUUUGAUCCUUCACCUGAACCAGGAUAUGAGGAGAAGAGAAGAGAGAAGAAAGACAAAAUCAAGACUGUUCUUACUAAAGGCAUCGCUGGAAUCGGGAAAACCGUCUCUGUGCAGAAGUUCAUUCUGGACUGGGCCGAGGGAAAAGCCAAUCAGGAUGUAGAUUUCAUGUUUGUGCUUCCAUUUAGAGAGCUGAACUUGAUUAAAGAUCAUCAGUACAGUCUUCACAGACUUCUGCUGGACUUUUAUCCUGAACUUCGAGAUCUGGACUCAGAGAUGUAUGAUGAAUGUACAGUUGUGUUGAUCUUUGAUGGUCUGGAUGAAAGCAGAUUGACACUGAUGUUUUCAGACAGUGAGAAAGUUUCUGAUGUGACUGAGUCUUCAUCUGUGGGUGUGUUGAUGUCAAACCUCAUGAAAGGAGAUCUGCUUCCCUCUUCUCUCAUCUGGAUCACCACCAGACCAGCAGCAGCCAAUCAGAUCCCCUCCAAAUACAUCAACCGUGUGACAGAAAUUCAGGGAUUCAAUGAGCCUCAGAAGGAGGAAUAUUUCAGGAAGAGAAUCAGUGAUGAGGAUCAAGCCAGCAGAAUCAUCUCUCACAUCAGAAGAGCAAGAAGCCUCCACAUCAUGUGUCACAUACCCGUCUUCUGCUGGAUCUCAGCCACUGUGCUUCAAAACAUCCUGAAACAAGAUCUCAGUGCAGAAAUCCCUCAAACUCUGACUGAAAUGUACAUACACUUCCUCCUCAUUCAAACUCAUAUGAGGAACCAGAAGUAUGAAGAGAGAGAUCCAGAGAAACUCCUGCAGUCCAACAGAGACGUGAUUGUGAAACUUGCUGAACUGGCUUUCAAUCAGCUGAUGAAGGGCAAUGUGAUGUUCUAUGAGGAGGACCUGAUUGAGAGCGGCAUAGACGUCACUGACGCCUCAGUGUAUUCUGGGAUUUGCACUGAGAUCUUUAGGGAGGAAUCUGUGAUUCAUCACAGGAAGGUUUACAGCUUUGUACAUCUCAGCUUUCAGGAGUUUUUUGCAGCACUGUAUGUGUUUUUCUGCUAUUUACACAAAAACAGUGAAGUUCUGAAAAUGUUCCUCACAGGAAAGUUCAGAAAACAGUGUGAGAAUGUUCCUCUGGAUGUGAUUCUGAAGGAAGUUAUAAAUAAAGCCUUGGUGAGUAAAAAUGGACACCUGGAUCUUUUACUUCGAUUCCUUCAUGGCAUCUCACUGGAGUCCAACCAGAGACUCUUACAGGAUGUGCUGAUUCACACAGAGAACAACCCAGAGAGCAUCAAGAAAAUAAUCCACAACCUCAAACGAGGUCAAAAAAACAAUGUCAGCCCUGAAAGAUGGAUGAAUCUGUCACACUGCUUGAUUGAGAUGAAGGAUCAUUCUGUUCUUAAAGAAAUGCAGGCAUUUUUAAACUCUAAAACAAAAAGAAAAAGUCUUUCUCUUGCACAAUGUUCAACUCUGGCAAACAUGAUCCUGAUGUCAGAGGAGGUGAUGGAUGAGUUUGACCCUAAAAAGUUCAAUAUCACAUCAACACAAGAGGGUCGAAGCAGACUGUUACCUGCUCUGAGGAACUGCAGAAAAGCUCUUUUGGCAGACUGUAAUCUCACAGAUCAGCACUGUGAAAUUGUGUCUUCAGUUCUACAGUCAUCAAACUCCCCCCUGAGAGAGCUGGACCUGAGUAACAAUGACCUGCAGGAUUCAAGAGAGAAGCUGCUCUGUGUUGGACUGAGGAGUCCAAACUGUCAACUCAAUGUUCUGAGGUUGGCACACUGUAAGCUCACCUGUAAGUGCUAUGAAACCGUGUCUUCAGUUCUACAGUCUUCAAACUCCUCCCUGAGAGAGCUGGACCUGAGUAACAAUGACCUGCAGGAUUCAGGAGUGAAGCUGCUCUGUGCCGGACUGAAGAGUCUAAACUGUCAACUCAACAUACUGAGGUUGGCACACUGUAAGCUCACCAAUCAGUGCUGUGAAACUGUGUCUUCAGUUCUACAGUCUUCAAACUCCUCGCUGAGAGAGCUGGACCUGAGUAACAAUGACCUGCUGGAUUCAGGAGUGAAGCUGCUCUGUGCCGUACUGAAGAGUCUAAACUGUCAACUCAACAUACUGAGGUUGGCACACUGUAAGCUCACCAAUCAGUGCUGUGAAACCGUGUCUUCAGUUCUACAUUCUUCAAACUCCUCCCUGAGAGGGCUGGACCUGAGUAACAAUGACCUGCAGGAUUCAGGAGUGAAGCUGCUCUGUGCCGGACUGAAGAGUCUAAACUGUCAACUCAACAUACUGAGGUUGGCACACUGUAAGCUCACCAAUCAGUGCUGUGAAACCGUGUCUUCAGUUCUACAGUCUUCAAACUCCUCCCUGAGAGAGCUGGACCUGAGUAACAAUGACCUGCAGGAUUCAGGAGUGAAGCUGCUCUGUGCCGGACUGAAGAGUCUAAACUGUCAACUCAACAUACUGAGGUUGGCACACUGUAAGCUCAGCAAUCAGUGCUGUGAAACCGUGUCUUCAGUUCUACAGUCUUCAAACUCCUCGCUGAGAGAGCUGGACCUGAGUAACAAUGAUCUGCUGGAUUCAGGAGUGAAGCUGCUCUGUGCCGGACUGAAGAGUCUAAACUGUCAACUCAACAUACUGAGAUUAUCUCAGUGUUUGGUGACAGAGGAAGGUUGUGCUGCUCUGGCAUCAGCUCUGAAUUCAAACCCUUCACACCUGAGAGAACUGGAUCUGAGCUACAAUCACCCAGGAGAAUCAGGAGUGAAGCUGCUCUCUGAUAUAAUGAAGCAUCCAGACUGCACACUGGACAAACUCAAUGUGGAUCACGGUUCAGAAGUUAAAGAGUUCAUGAUGACAUCAAGACUACACAGAUACGCUGUUGAUCUCACACUGGAUCCAAACACAGCAGACACUCGUCUCGUUCUGUCUGAGGAGAACAGAAAGGUGACGCGUGUGAGAGAGAGUCAGUCGUAUCCUGAUCAUCCAGACAGAUUUGAGUGUGAUCAUCAUCCUCUGGUUCUGUGUAGAGAGCGUCUGACUGGACGCUGUUACUGGGAGGCUGAAUGGAGUGGAGAUUAUACUGAUAUAUCAGUGUCAUAUAAAGGAAUCGAGAGGAAAGGUGGGAUGUGGUUUGGGAAUAAUCUGAUAUCCUGGAGUCUUGAACGCAAAGAUAGCAAACUCAUUGCCUGGUACAAUUAUGGUGCCACUCAUAUUCCUGUUUCAGGCAGUAAGAGAGUAGGAGUGUUUGUGGACGAGUCGGCCGGCACUCUGUCCUUCUACAGCGUCUCUGACACACACACACUCACACACUUACACACAUUCACACACACAUUCACUGAACCACUUUAUGCUGGAUUUAGAGUUUAUGAUGUUAACUCUUCAGUGUCUCUGUGUCAGAUUAAAAAAAAUGUGGAACCAAUUUUAAUUUUUGAAAUAUAUGAAGACACACACACACACACACGCGCGCGCGCACACACACACACACACACACUAAACAAACACUUUUCCAGUUGUUUAACUGAUUGUGUGUUACUGCAUUAUCACCAUUGUUGAUAUUCAUCCACUUUAUUUGUGCACAAUGUGUUAUUAAAAUCCUUCAGAUGAUCUGAUUAAAACUGCUGGAUCUCAGAGGAUUAUUAUAAUCAAUAAUGUAAAAUGAAUAGCACAUCAUCUAUAUAAUCAUAGAGAUAACUGUAAAUGAAUAUGAAUCUUCUGUCAGCUCCAGUAUUUCUCUGUUAAUUCACAUGUUUUAUUCCAGUUUAAUGAUGUUAUUGUAGAUUAUGGUCAAUAAGCGCUUGUUCCUGGUUCAGUGUGAACAUGUUUCUUCAGUUGUUGAUAUUUGACUGUUAUUUUCAUUGAUGAUAAACGUUUGUCACCCUGAGUUUCACUGUUUUUACACGUUUGCUUUUUAAUGUCCAGUUUUGACUGAAUCACUUUAUGAAUCUUCAUCAAAUGAGAGUUUGUUUGAAUCUGAUUCAGAAGAACUGUUGAACAGAGGAAAGUAAACGAGUCUGACAUCAUCAAAGUCAAAAACACAUAUUAAGUUCACAUAGAGUUUGGGUUCAUUUAGAGUUAUUACUACAGUAAAUAUAUGUAA